UGAACAAGUUCAGUGGUUCAUCAUGUGACAAAAACACAUAUAAAAAGUAAAAAAAAAUACCGAAACGAAAUGAAAUGUACAGCGUUUUGGAUAAAGACAGAGACGUGAGGAAUUUUCGAUCGUGGUAUUAUGAGAAUUUGGGUUUAAGAGGUGUAGAACAACGCAAAGCAUUGGAUUUACUACUUAAAGAUGAUGAUAUUGAUCUUGACAAACUUAAGACAUUCUGCCUUCAGUUUGGAUUGCCAGCAAUUAGAAGACCAAUAGUUUGGAAACUUUUACUUGGUAUACUGCCAAGGCAUCAACAGAGUCACAAGUUUAUAAAGAUCCAGCAGUCAGAGCAGGUGGAACAUUUGUUAAGCACCUUAAAGAUUAUACGAAAACUUAGUGAAAAGAAUGACAGCGUUCCAUCACAGAUCGUUCAAAUGUACUUAUUGAAUGAAGGGGAAAUGGGUUUCAUGCAACCAUCAGAGGUAAAAAAUCAGGAAUUAGAAAGAAGACUAAAGGUGUUGACUUCCAUAGCAAAGUUAAUGUGCGAAAUAUUUGAAGAUAUUGAAGACUGCUUCUGGGCAACAACAAAAUUCUUCAAACUACAGAAAACAUUUGAUGUGCAAUUAAAAAGUUUGGUAGAACUUUUUGAACAACGACUUACAGCAGAAGAUCCUGACCUUUGUAGAUAUCUUUGCAGUAUUGGAGCAUGGAAACAACUCCCUUGUCAACGAUGGUUCGAGAGCUUUUUUGCGGAAGAUUUGAAUGACCUAUCUUUAGAAAGGAUUUGGGAUAGAGUUAUAGCGGGAUCCUGUACGAUAUUAGCUUAUGUUGCAGUCGCCAUAUUAGUUGUCUUUCGACAAAUUCUCAUCUCCAAGAAAUCGUCAGAACCUGUCCUUCGAUUUCUCGCACAAAUACCACAAGAAAGUUGCGAAACCAUUAUCGCCAAAGCAAUGGACCUUAAUAUCAAAUAUGCUGUAGCGCCUGUGUCUCCUGUGACGAAAACGACCGGCGUACACAAUGGCAACGGCAAAGAAUUUUCUAAUGCACGUUCUAGCGCUCCUGCGCCAACCUAACUGAUAUAAAUGUAGUGAAAGUGAUGCGUAGCAUGUAUUUAUAACAUAUUUAAAUUAUUGUCCUAAUAGUUUAUGAUAUUGAAAGCGCCUAGCCUCCUCCGCAGGCAUCUCUUAUGUAUUUAUGCCCAAGCCAAAUAUGCAUUUUUCUAAUGCAUAAGAGAUGCCCUCGGAGGAGGCUAGAAAGCGCCAUUACUCAUUAGACUUUUUUUGGCAUGUGUAAUAUUUGGUUUACGUGAAAAGAGAAUGUGAUUUUUUUGUCGCGAACGAAAAUAUUGCACAUCCAAAGAAUCAGAUUCAUGAAUAAUGAAAUUAUAGAUCUUAUUUAUGACUAUUUAAAGAUUAAAAAUUGUAUAGCCUACGGCUAAAGAUGCAAAGAUGAUGUGAAAA